AUGCCUCGCUAUGACCAAGUGAUCUCCGACAUCAACCGCGCGCGGGAGGUGGAUGUUGCCAUCCAAAUAUGGAACCACUUGCUGGCGGGCCGGCGCCGGAUCGCCAACAUCGCGCCCUCGAGGAAGAAUCCCAAGUUCUCCUUCAGGAGUGCGACAAACAGCGGCGACUCCUGA